UGUAUGCAAAUAGCUGUUUCUGCCACUUCCUUUCCUACCCACAUCCUGAAGCAAGGAGGGGAAGUGGGGAAGAAAAGGCAAAGAGGGCGUGGAGGUCGGCAGGUGGGCAUCUCCGGGCGCCUCCAGCCUCACCCCACUGCCGGCGCCGGCCACGCCCCCAGCCUCGCCCUAGCCCCCCAAACCCACUUUAAACUCCCGCCCCCUCUUAACGACGACCAAUGCCCGGCCGGGGAGCCCGAAGGAGACCGAGGAUUGGCCGGCGCGGCGGUUGCCGAGGUGACGGGCCCUGCGGGAGCAGCUAAAGAUGUAACAGAAGAAUCGAUAACGGAAGAUGACAAGAGGAGAAACUAUGGAGGGGUAUAUGUUGGUCUCCCAUCUGAAGCUGUCAAUAUGGUAUCCAAUCAAACAAAGACUGUACGAAAAAAUUAGAAGAAAAUAUCAUGACUCAAUGAUCAAGAGCUUGCUCAUUAAGAUUUGGAAGGAAUUGCACCCCAUGGGACAUCAUAAUGUGCACAGAAAUUCCCAAGGAAAUUCUAAAUAGUCACCUGCUUCGCCUCCCCUCCCCACCCAGAUUCCUAAGUCUGUAGUUGAAACGUGGGACAUGUUGAACGUCGUGGUGCUAGACAGGAAGUGGGUGAACAGUACAUGGGCAGGAUGGGACUUUCUGGGGUCCACCUGCGGAAGACAAGCUGACACAAGCUGGUGCCUGGAGACAGCCUGCUAUGCCUGGCAGCAUCGUCACCUUGGCCACCCGACACAAGCUCAUGAAGAUCAUGUCUUUUCACUGAUACUUUUUUGAUAGCUUUUAUAUAACAAAAUCCUUAUUCUAGUUAUGACUUCAGAUACUAAGGCACUAUACGUGGAACUCCCUAAAGUAAUAUAUUUGUGUGUUACCUUCACUAUUUUCCUAGGUCCACGUUAAUUUUUAGCUGUAAUAAUGGUUAGUUGAUUCUUACUGUUACCUCUUUCCCUUUUUACCUUUUGUUUUCAGCUUUAUUUAAGCGUCAGAGAAUUUCUUCAGUUAGGAACGGUGUGUCUUAUGUUGCAAUAUUUAAAAAUAAGCCACUGAAAUUUGCAUGCCCCACGCGCGUUUUGAUUAACUUUCUGUUUUCUUUAGCCGAAGGCUCAUGUCACCCUGGAUCCUUCGUAUCCAUCGAUUCUCCCGUUCUCAUGUUAAUUCUAUACUCUCUUCGAGGAUUUGUGACUGAUGGUUCGUGGGGUGUAUGGAAAGUUCUUUAUUUGAGGAUGUGUGGCCACUUAGUACUGCAAUGUAGAUUACUCAGUUUACCGAUGUAUUUCAACAAUUAAAACAUUUUUAAUCCCUCUUCA